CCCGAUUUGUGAAAAUUGGCAAACUCCGGUCUAUCCACAGAAGCUCCUUCAUAUCUUCGAGCGCCAUUCCUCUUCGUGCCAAAGUCGCAGGCGCUGCAGAAGGCUUGUUAAAGCGCAGUGGCAGAGAGAGGAAUUCUGACGAGAGGAUUCAAAGAGUGUUUAAGCUCUGGUAAUGGCACCUGAGGUAGAUCCAGAUCAUGCUCUGAUGAUUGAAGAUAAUUUUGCGGAUACCAUGCUAGUUGAUCCAAAAAGAGAUCGCUUUCCAUGCUGCAUCGUAUGGUCACCACUUCCUGUCCUGUCAUGGUUUAUCCCCUUUAUUGGGCAUAUAGGGAUUUGUAGGGAGGAUGGCAUAAUCUUGGACUUUGCAGGGCCAAACUUCGUUUCUGUAGACAAUUUCACAUUUGGGGCACCAACUCGCUAUUUCCAAGUAAGCAGAGAACAGUGCUGCUGCAUAUCUCCUUAUUCAGCUGAACAUACAAGUGAGUAUAUCCAGAACGAUGAUGAAUCUGCAAGCCAUGUGGACACGUGGGAUGCUGCCUUGAGGAAGAGCAUUCAAGAAUUCCAACACCUGUCUUACAGCAUUUUCACUUGCAACUGCCACUCUUUUGUAGCUAAUGGUUUAAACAGGUUGGGGUUUCAGACUGGUGGAUGGAACGUAGUCAACCUGGCCAUUUUCAUUUUCCUCAAGGGACGUUGGGUAAAUAAAACAUCUAUUGUUAAAACCUAUUUACCCGCUCUCGUUGUGCUUGGUUUAGGACUCAUAUUUGGAGGAGGGACUUUCCUUAUGUACCUGGUAAUUUUCAUGUUUGUUCUUAUUGGUUGGUUUCUCUUGGGCACGUACUGUUUCAAGAAGUUGAUCCAUGUGUAGUCACUUGGAAUUGUUUGAUUCCUAUAGCCACUGUCAAAUCUGUUAGUUAGCUGACAUUUGUGAUUUUGGACAUGAUACUAGUAACUUCUUUAGUUGAUAUACUGAAAUAUCUUAGAGCUGGUGUAAUCGCGUUCUGUAUAUGUCAAAGAUAGUUAGAAAAGCUAGCUUCUGUUCCACCUAAAAGAUUUUUGGAGGCGUGGCCGUUUCUUCUUUCACAGAGACGAAUGUAGGAGAGGCUUCAACUUAUGUGAUGUCCCAGCAGGGUCAAGAGGCUCGAGUUUUGUCCAGGGAAAAGAAAAAGAAAUGUGAAAUUUGUAUUUAUUGGAGAUUUUUAUCUAGAAUUCUUUGUUUUA